AUGGCCAAACCGACAUUUUCUCUCUUGGGAAUUUUCCUGCUAAUCACAAUUGCUACUGCCGCCAUCAUAAUUGAGCCGAUCCCAGACAAAAAUGUGACCAGGCGUUCAGUCGUGAUAGAUUCCAUAAAAAAAUUAGGAGGCGAUGCUUUGGACGUCGUCGACGGUACAUUCGAUUUUCUCGGCAGACUUUUCGGCGUAAACAGUAAGCGUCCAGUGCCUGUAGCGGUGAAAAACAUGGAUGAUCUCAGAAAGGCAAUUUUGUACCACGACGACGACGAGGUGACAAAGAUUCUGCUGAGGGAAAACUUCUUCAACAGCGAGAUCGUCGCCGCUCGUUACCGUCAAAGAUUCUGGAGCGACAUAAAGAACGACAUUAAGGCGAGUUUCACCGGGGCGUAUCGUGAUCUUUUGGUAGCUUUCGUUGAGGACAAGUACGAGUUCCUUGCCAAGGAACUUCACGACGGAAUUUUUGGAAUAUCUGGCGGAAAUAUCUACGCUGGUCUCGACGUCCUUUGCAACCCUAAAGCUGACCAAAUCGCCCAAAUUAUCAGAGCUUAUAGAUUAAAAUACGGACGUAAACUUACAAGCGAUUUGGCCUACGUACCUGACUUAAACAUAAGAGCUUCAAUAAUGCGAUUCGCUCAAGGCCAGAAACUUAGUCAGUACGCGUACAAUCCUGCGAUGGUCGAAUUUUCUGGAUACGACAGAAAUGACGCCUAUUACAAUGAACUUUUGUGCACCAGAGACGGGCCUAGAUUUUUCUCCGAUCGUCUUCACUCAUCUCUGAUCUACGGCGACUACCGUGGUCUCACUCGUCUGAUGAUCACUCUCAUUAAUCACGAUGGUUACGAAUCAGUAAUGAAUGCUUAUCAAAAGAAAUAUGGACAAUCACUUAUGGAUACAAUAAACUUACACACAACCGGUGCCUACAACUAUGCUCUUUGGGUAAUAAUUGACAUGGCAGCCAAUCACAACCUUGUCUAUACAGACGACAUACCUUCUAUCAUAAUCACGUUUAUUUCCUUCGCUAUCAUCGUUGGUAUCAACAGCGAAACCGGUUACUGGCAUGGCUACCAUGUAACUCGCGAAACUUCAUACAACAGCAUUUAUAAAAACUUUACUCAGAUCCUUAACAAAACAGAGGGUGAAAUCACAACCGUCGACCGGACUGUUGAGGUGACAAAUAAUAGAAACAACUUCUCAGUAUCUACCGAUCAUUCCAUUACAACCAUAAACAAAGGUGUCGUAACAUUAGAUCGAACUUUGGAAACAUUUAAUAUUGAUAAUGUUCUCAGUUUACAUGAUCAUUUCUUCAAUAUUUCGAGAGGUGACACAGUAACUACAGGCAGGAAUUGCACGAAAUGGGAUUCUAACGAUACAAAUAUCGAAUAUGUAGAAGUUACUAAUGGAAAAAACCAUGAUCAGACCAUUCAUGUUACCACCGAAAGUAUAAUACAGGGUUACAAUAAUCAUAGUGAUCGCAUUUGUCUAGUUUACAGAACAGACGGCUCGAUAGAAAUUUAUUCUAAUGAGACUCGAUACUCGAGUGGGGAACUAGAUAUUAUUGAUAAUUCGGUUGAAUUUAUCAAAAAUAGUGAGCAUAUUGUUGAUUUUAGUGAGACAAUCUUUAAUUCCGGAUCGAUUAUAGGUAUUACACGUAUCGUCGGAACUUUUCACGGUCAAAACCUUAUAAAUGUUGGCUCAAAUGAUACAAGUAUUGAUCUAUCAACAAACACUCGUCUUAUUGUGAUACUAGAUGAUAAAGGUGGAAAAAAUAUUACCCUGAUCAUUGAAGAAGUUUAUGCCAAUGGAACAGUGUUUCCUCAAUCCAGGAAUGCUAAAUUUGACGCUAGUGAAGAAUGCUAUUCUACUGAUGGUACUUGUGAAUCGGAAGAUAAGGUUUAUAUGCUACAAGACGCUGAACGCUAUAUUGAGAAAGCGACUAAACGGUUUUAUGAAUUAAGAAAGAUCGAAGAAAAAGCGAAGAAGGAAUUUCAGGAUCUUACGGAAAGAAAAUAUAAUUAUCACGUUUAUUUCCUUCACAAUCAUCGUCGGUAUCAACGCAGUAAAACCUUUCCUUAUAAGGACUACCAAGUAACUCAAGAAACGUCAUACGAAGGCGAUGUUAAAAACUUUACUCAGGCUCUCAACAAAACAGUGGAUAAAAUCACAACCAUCGACCGGACUGUUGAGCUCACAAAUAAUAUGACCAACCGAAAAAUAUCUACAGAUCAUUCUAUAACAACCACAAACAACAGCGUCGUAACAUUUGAUCGUACUUUGGAACAAUUUGAUGUUAACGGUAGUCUCACGUCGCAUGAUCAUUUCUUCAAUACUUCGAACGGUGACGCAGUAAUUAGUGGUAAAAAUUCCACCUUCGUAAUAAAGGAAGACAGUCAUAAUUGGCUCAAAAGCGAUUAUUUAGAAGUUUUGGAGCAGCCAGGCCGUGACCCGACGAUUGAUGAAACCGUAAAAUUCUAUUCAGCCGGACACGAGUUACUGUUAGUCAAUAUAAGCCGUUGCCGUUUAGAUAAUAACCAGAGCACUCCAAUAUUUUUUUGUAACUCAAGAGUUAUAGGUAACGAAAGAGGUAAGGCCAUCAGCUAUUCAAUCGAAAGGACUGCAAGCGAUGGUAGCCAAAAUUUUGACUACAGUUUUACGAAAAUAGAUAAAGAGAACUCAGUAGUUAUUUUUGGACAAGCUGAAGCGAAUCUGGCUGCUAAUGGCUCUGUAUUAACUAUUGACAUGACUGACAAUAUUACCGAUCCGUCAAAUAAGUCUAAGAAAGUCAGUCAUUUAAUUAUUAUUAACGACGGAAGCGGUGAAAGUCCUGUUGAACAGACUAUUCAAUACUUUGCACAUAAUGGCACCCUGUUAGAUUUAGAAUUUUAUAAGGGAACAGUGAUAGAUGAAAUAAUUUCUAUUACUAACGGUACUGAUGAUAAAAUUGUACGUGAUCAAAUGAAUUUUACGAUACACAUAUCCUAUAUGGAUCUUGAAUAUACGAGGGGUAAGUCAAAUAAUGAGAUGUUAAACUUAAUUUUGAACUGUCAGUCACUUUUGAAUAAAGAUUCUUGUUGA